CCGGACCUUGGCCAAUCGCGCGGGGCCGGGUCGUCAUGGCGACGGAUACACUAACAGGGCCACUGUGUGCCAGAAGCCUGUCAGCUGGAGAGCUGGGGGCGAUGGCGAAGAACCUGUAUGGUCCCGGAGUCCGGAUGGGCAACUGGAACGAGGACGUCUAUCUGGAGGAGGAGCGCAUGAGAGACUUCUUAGCAAAGAGGGAUGAGGGACAGCUUCUCAUACAGAAAAACAGAAGACUGAAAGAGAAUCUUUUGAGACCGAUGCAGCUUUCUGUAUCCGAAGAUGGAUACAUUCACUAUGGCGACAAAGUGAUGCUUGUGAAUCCCGACCAUCCUGAGGUGGAAGCCGAUCUGUUUCUGGGUGGGGACCUGAGCCUGUGUAUGACUCCAGAUGAAAUUAAAGCCUAUCUGAGUGAUGAAUUAGAGGUGCCUUGUGGCCUGAGCGCAGCGCAAACCAAGAUCCCGGUUGGCAGAAACACUUUCACCAUUUUGUGUGCUGCUGGAGAGGUCAUUGGUCAAGUCGUCAGAUACGGGCAGAACUUUCGCCUGGGGAUAGCAGGAGGAUUUGAGGGCAGAAUGUUCUAUUUAUCAAGUGACCACAGGACCCUGAUGAAGUCGUCUAAGAGGUCUUGGCUCCAGGAGGUGUACCUGACAGAUGAGGACUCCUACCUGAACUGCUGGCAGGCUGCCUUCCCCGACCCCCAGCUACGCCUGGAGUACGAAGGCUUCCCCAUCCCGGCAAAUGCAAAAAUUCUUAUCAAUCACUGCCACACAAAUCGAGGGCUGGUGGCCCACCGGCAUCUUUUCUUAAGUACCUAUUUUGGAAAGGAAGCGGAGGUCGCUGCUCACACAUAUUUGGAUUCACAUAGAGUGGAGAAGCCCAAGAACCAUUGGAUGUUGGUGACUGGGAAUCCCAGGAAGAAUGCGCCCACCGUAUUGGAUCUGCCCAAACCGCCAGCAGAGGGCACCCGAGCCCUGGAGCAGGUGGCCGAGACCCCCGGGCGCAGUACCACACCUGGUGCGCAUGCGUGCUCUCAUCCACUCUAGCCUUCCAGGAAAUCCUCAAUCUUGGUCUAGCCUCAAGCUAUUUUUAAGGAAGGCUAGAGCUCUCUGAACACUGUAUUAAAACAAAGGCUAUAUUAAGAUUAUUGAAUUAACCACAGAGGUCUAGAACACAGGAUAAAAAAAGAAAACCUUGCUCAGAAAUGGUAUUUGAAGGUGACGAUGAUAUUCCUUCCUUGAUGACCAAAUUCUGAAGUCUCAGCUACCUUCAUUUAGAUCCUAUGUAGCGACAGCUUCUACAAAGACGGUGUUACUUUGUAAUGCUCUAUGUAAUAAAGCUAUUGGAACUUUGCAGAAUUUCUGGCACCACUCUCUUGACGCCCACUCUACAGUGUACUAAGAAAUCAACCACGGUAGCCGUGGGCUGUGUGGCCUUACCUUAGAGUUAAACAUUUUCGAGCUUGUAUUUAUUUUGUUUUUGGCCUUAUCCAGGGCAUGAGGAAUUCCCCAGCCAAGGGUGGUAUCCGCGCCACAGCAGUGACAAUUCUGGAUCCUGGCGUUGCCAUGGCUGUGGUGUAGGCUGGGAGCUAGGCCGCAUGGAAGGCCCCCCGCCCACAUUUUUAUUUCUUUCUCUGACUUGGGGUGUGGGGAGGUCAUGAGCCUUAUUCGACCAUUCUAUUAUUUUGUAAUGAUUUUUCAAAUUGCAGAAUCUCCUUAUUUCUACCUUAUCUUCAAAACUAGCAUGUUAGUUGUGGCAUCCAUGUGAUCAGAAAGUUCCUGACAAAAUAAAUAUACAUCCUUCCA